GCCCUAGCCAAUGUUGCUAUCUUUCGUAUCGCUUUAGGAGUUCUUAUUCAUUUAAAAAUUUUUAUUUUUUUUCUUCCGAAAAAUCCCUAAUUCUGAAACUCCACGUCUCAGAAAAGAUGGAUAUGGAAGGUUUAUCGGUGAUCUGCGCCGGACUCGGAACGGUGGAAGAGGACCGAAAUGGUAAUCGGAUCGGUUACACAAAGGGCGAGUACUGUUUAGAUAACUUGAAGGAUUUGAUGAGGUUCUUAAGGCGUGAUGACCCACAGAAUCGAGAUGUGUUUAAGCAAGUCUGUAAAUGGAAUACUGUAUCCAAAGAUUUGAUACCUAUUAUUGAAAAUUUUCAAGACGAUCGCAAUUUGGUUCUAAAUUCCGUUAAAAUUUUGGUGUUCUUAACUAUGCCAAUUGAGCCAUCAUCAAAUGAUAUAGCUCAACAGAUAGAGUAUAUGUGGGGGUUGAAGUCUUCAGUUAUGUGUGGUGACAUUAUCGCAGUUAUAGUAUCACUUCUGGAAAACCCUUUGGUAAAUCUGGAACGUGAUGCGUUCACAGAGGAUGACUGGAAAUUGGUGCAGCUGAUACUAACGUUAUUCAGAAAUCUUUUGGCCAUUCAAGAAAUUUCCCUGCAGCAGAAGGCUGUGGGAACCGCCACUCACUUCCUAUCAUUAAGAGAUAGAUUUCUAGAACUUUUGUUCCGUGAGAAUGUUAUGGACUUGAUUAUAGUAAUAACCCAGCAUUUUGGUGGCUAUCUUCGUCAAGAUAACUUGCUUUUGUUGGAGAUUUUCCAUUACAUUUUUUUGGGUCAAGAGCCAGAGUUGGUUUCCAAAGCACAUCUAAAAGGUUCUAAGACCGAUGAGGAUGCCAACAAAGCUUCUCUGAACAGUCUCAAGUCAAUUAUGGAGGAGGAAGAGGAGAAAAGAAGACUUACUAGAGUCCGCAACUUGGUCCGACAUUCGCAUUUUAUUGGAACAUUCACACGUCUUUCCAUGGAUGGCUCCAAGUCUGUUUUUAAUGGGAAACCUGCUUCUGUUUCUAGUGAUGCCAUUAUUAAACCACAUAAAGUUCAUCGGGGUCCCACUAAAAAAAUUGCUUGGAAUCAUGGUAGAUUGCCGUCGUCAAAGGAUAAAAUUUUGGAACUACUUCAUGACUUUGUAAACCAGUUUUUAACAGGGGGCUACAAUGGUUUAAUGCAGUCAAUCCGCCAGGAUAUCGAGAAGGAACAUCACAUGAUACAGAAGAGUGAUAUCAUUAUCUUCUUUCAGGUUGCUCAGUUUGCUACAUCUUUUCAAUAUCACAAGGUUUUGACCUCUAAGCCAAACAUGGGGGCAGAUGCGCCUGAAGUUCAUGCUGAUACUCAUACUGAUGAUACACUUCAUGGAGGGAAUAUUUGUGGACCUGUUGCAGAAUCAAUGAAUGACUCAAUGUUUCAGUUAGUUUUUUCUCACUGGCGUAACAAAUUUGAAAGCUUGAAGGAAACACAUGAGUUUAAGUUCAUGUCUGCAGCUGGUUCUCUUAUGAAAACUAUGAUUUGCAUGCUAGACUUGGCACUUCAGGUGUUGCCAGAGGAUUCUAAAGAGUCUCAAACAGCUCGGAUCCUUCUUUACAAGUUAUUUUAUGACCAAACUGAUCAAGGGUUGACUCAUUUCCUUCUGAAUUUGCUCAAAUCGUUUGACACUCAUAAACAAGCCAAAAGUGAUCUCGAAGAUUUGGUAGAAAUGAUUUAUAAAAUUCUAAACCUAAUGGAGAAUCUUCAAGCACGUGGUACAUUGAGGGUUUCUAAAAAAUCCAGGAAAGGGAGGAAGAAGAAAGCGCUGAAUGAUAAGGAAACCAAAGCUGAACUCUCAGGAGAACAUUCUACAUUUGCGAAUGAAAUUGGUGUUUCUAAUAUUGAGCCGCCAGCAGAAAAGGGUGAUGCACACACGGGUGUCGAAAAUACAAGUUCUGAUGAUAAACAAGAAACAACCACCCCUGCUCAUACCGAUAAAUGUGAAGGAUCUGUGUUGGAAACAGAUAUUAGUGGUGGAAGCCUGCCACAGAUGGAUCACAAGAAUUCUGGCUGUGCUAAUGAGGAUCCCUAUGGCACAGGUGAUUCUUCGUCCGAUGAGCAGGCACCUGAGACUAAUGAAGUUGAUUUCCAGGUUUCAACUUUGGUUUCUUCAUUUGCCAACAACAAUAUCAUUCAGAAACUGUGCUGGUUGCUUAAGUUUUAUAAGAGUAACUCCACCAGUACAAAUAACUACAUAAUAAGAAUGCUGCGAAGAAUCAGUGAUGACUUGGAGCUUUCCCCGAUGUUGUAUCAGCUAUCGCUCCUUACUACAUUUUAUGAUAUCCUGGCCGAGCAGAAGUCAUGUCCAUGUCAAGAAUAUGCAGAUAUUGUUAAUUUUUUGACAAGUUUGAUUAGAAAAAUGCUUAAGAAAAUGAAAAAACAACCCCUUCUUUUUGUGGAAAUUCUUUUUUGGAAGACUCGCAAAGAAUGCCAUUACAUUAAUGCUGAAUAUUUACUACAUGAACUUGGCCACUGGAAGAAAGAAAGUAAGAACCGAGAAAAAAAUUUGGGCGAUGUAGAUGUUGGCUCAUCGCAGGGAAAUGGAUGGACACAUGUAAGCAUAGCAGAUGCGCUUGGUGAAGAUGAAGCUGGCGUUGUGAUCAAUCAUGACCUGGAAAAUAAUAAUGAAGAAAACAUUGGCAAGGUGAAAGGAAGCACUUCAUCUAUCUUAGAUGGUGGGUCUGAUGGACAAGAAAAUAAUCACAAUGGGGAGAAUUCUAUGAAACAUAAAUCUCAAAGAGUUGCUGAGAUUAAGAAAAGAAAAGUUCUUGGGGGUGAAUUUGAUGAGAAAAUCAGAAAUCUUUAUGAGAAGUUCAACAAUAGCCAGAAUUGCAGUGGCCUUAUAGCAGAAGAACUUGACCCUGAUGGCAAAAUUUCAUCAUUUCAAGUUUCGAAGAAGCUUAAACAGCUUGGACUUAAAUGUGCAUCAAGAAAAAGGUUACGUAAAUCUGAUGAACCUAAUUCUUUUGAGGCUAAUAAACUUGAUGGAGAAGAGAGGGUGGUGGAAACUAGUGGCACUCUUCAUAACUCAGGUGAUUUGGAGCAGACAUUGUUGAGUCAACCUACGCGUGCAAGAAAGAGAAUUCGGGCUUUUAGUGAAGAGGAGGAAACUACCAUUCGAUCUUUAUAUGAGCAGGGCAAAACAGAGAAGAGUAGAGUAUUAACUGAGGACGUAGCGGAACCGAUUGAUGCAGGGAAAUUAACAGAGGAUGUUUCUGAUAAUGAAUUCCUAACCUCCGUUCUAAAGAAAGCAAGGGAGCCCCUGGCUAAGUCAAAGGAAGUGAAGCUGACUCCUAUCCCAAUUAAAAUGAACGACAGUGAAGAUUCUCCCAUGUUGGAGCCUGCAGGACCUGACAAGGGUGUAGCUAGUGACAUGGUCAUCAUGGAUGACACGAGAGAAGGUGAAGCAAUCACCAAUGACAUUAAAAAUCCACUAGAUGCUGUGCUUGCAGCAGACAGUUUAUACGAUCUGCCACACGAAGUGAAUGGCGACGACAAUGAUUUGGAAGAUUCAGAUGAUGAAAUUGACCAUAGUGAGUUUUCAAGAAGUGUAGUAAGUAGAAGAAGGAUGGUGUUUGAUGUGGAGGAUGAUGACUGAGAUGUUGGCUACUGUGGCUUGGACAGGUCUGAUGGCAUUAUAUAAAAAGCUCUUGUCAUAUGACAUUGCUGGUAUUAACUAUAAUGUGCUUUAAACGGCUCAUGUAUUGUAUGUGAAUAUUAGAUGAUAUUGGUCUGAGCUCCCAAGUUAUGUUUUACAACUACAACUACUAUCAACGGUCAUGAUUGGUGGAGUUGUAUGAAACCUUGACGAUAAUUAGGCGGCAAACAACAUUCUCAGAAACAGACCAGGAAAGGCUUUUGUUUUUUUGGGAAAAUCUGGUAACAUAGUUCAAAUUGACUGGUUGGCGCAUAUGGCAGAAUUAUUGUCGUUUAAAUAUCAAAAGUUCAGUUCAGAAAAUUUGUAAGUAGGAAAAGUAAAUUGAUAAAAAAAAAGGAUGUACAAGUUCAGUGUACAUGGUGUUUGUUAUUGGUAGAAUCUAAUAUGGGAUGUGUUUCUGCAUUUCAACGUUUGCAGUUUACUGCCUGAUCCAUAAAGUUUAGAAUUAUUGAUUUA